GACCCAACUUCAUCUGACAUUUAACAUAACCUUAAUUCGAUACACCUAUCUAAUACAAAUUGAUACAAAUAUUGUUUUGUCGUAAACAGUAAAGUUUAAAAAAUGACUUUCAGCCCUGUGACCCAUGUUAUAUUCGAUAUGGACGGCCUUCUCUUAGAUUCAGAGAAAGGCUAUGAUAAAAUCAUUAGCAGCAUUGCCUCUAAAUAUGGUAAAGAGUACACCCACGAAGUGCACAUGAAAAUCCUGGGAACACCUGAGCAGGAGACAGUGAGGUUGGCUGUGGAGCUUAUGGAAUUGCCCAUCACCAAAGAGGAGUUCUUCCAGCAAUACAAGGUCAAAAUCCAAGAGGAAUUGAAACAUCCACCUCUGUUUGCUGGUGCUGAGAGGUUGCUGAAGCAUUUGCACAAGCACAAAGUACCAUUUGCUUUGGCCACUUCAUCCUCAAAUGAAGCAACUGAAUUGAAGACAUCCCAUUAUAAGGAACUCUUUGGGUUGUUCUUGCACAAAGUGAUGGGCAGUUCUGAUCCUGAGGUGAAGAAAGGCAAACCUCAUCCAGACAUUUAUCUGGUUUGUGCAUCAAGGUUUCCAGAUAAACCAAGCCCAAGCAAUUGUCUGGUUUUUGAGGAUGCUCCUAAUGGGGUGAAAGGCGCGUUGGCUGCUGGUAUGCAGGUUGUCAUGGUCCCAGCCCCAGAGGUUGAGGAAGAACUAAGAAAACCGGCAACUUUGGUGUUAAAUUCGUUAACCGAAUUCAAACCAGAAGACUUUGGUCUACCCGCGUUUUAAAACGAAACAUAUUGCCAUAAUAAAUAGUGCUUUUUAUAUGAAUUAAGUUCCUAGCGAAUGAUGUAUAUUUUAUAU